CAGUUUAAAAAUCGAAUUCAUUGUUUGUUUUUCGCACACACUUCCAAGCAACCCGCUGCAUGCAGCGAGAAAGUCAAACACGGAUAGCCAAUGACUGCAAAUGGACAGGACGAACCGGAAUCAUAACUGAUUAAAUAUUCCAUCUUGAUAUUAUUCCAUUUGCCUAAAACAGUGAUGAACUGUCAAAGAACUGUCAGUUGCGUUGCUGUCGCUUUCGGUUUCCAACGAAACCAGAUUUAUGUCCCCGGCAUUUUAAGGUGAGCAUCUUAGCAAAAAAUGCGGCGUGACCAUGAGGUAGGAACCGUCAAGCUGUGGAAUGCCCAGAGUAAAGCAUUUGCAAUAGCAGUUGCAUUACUAGGUAAGCUAUGGUUAAUGACUUAUAGCUUGUAGCACUGAUCAUGAAAUGCUUUUUUCGCGUCGACAUGUAAGGUACUAUUAACUAUAACACUCAAAACUUGUGUGAGCCUCUUGCUGAGACACAAUUCCAACAGCUCUAUGUUGCGUGGUAUACAGCUUCCACCUUCUAGAUAAAAUCCAUUUUUCUUUGUACACUAGCUGGAAACGUUUAAAAGUUAAUUGCCCACUUUUAAUUCAUUACGAGGUUUGUAAUGAUAAAAAUGCUGUGUGGUUCGCUCUUGAUUUUGCCUAGUCUAUAAAAAGAACAUUAAUGAAAAAUUUCAUAACUUUAAUUUUUUUUCGUUCUAAAUUAAUUUAAAGACAUCUAUGACGUUUACGUACAAUGGGUGGAUUACACUUUUUCUGUUGAGAUAAAUUUGUUAAUAAAUCCCUCACUCUUCGUACACUCUCAAUCGUGCCGGUAUUACAUAACACAAAAACCGCCCAAAUUGCCAUUGUACUCAUAAAAUUAAAAAACCUAACUCACUGAUUGUGCGAACACAACUUACGUUAAUUAGCUAGGUUCUACAUAAUUCAUAAAUUCAUUUUUCCCACAAUAUGCUAAGUCUAGAGUUUCCUUUUCUCUUCGCUAAUGUCUGUUUGCACCUAUGAUUUCGUUAUGUCGGAUCAAAAUUUUAUUUUAACGUUUUUAGUAUUGGCAUUGCGGGUUAUUGCUCGUUUCAGUUAUGUUGUUGUAAGCCGAUGAAAUGAGAGAUGACUUGGCAAUAUAACUUCCGCAACAGACCAUGAAUUGUGACGAUGUAGAGGCAAGAAAAGUGUCUCAUUUCCCAUCGCCUUCCCCUCAGGGUCUGGAAGAAGGGCCCUAAUCCUACAUUUCCCCUUCUUUUUUGACGACUGAUUCCGCAUCCCGAAUUUCUGUCAUCCCUAUCCAAAAUACCGGUUUGUUUGCCAAUACCGUAUCCCGAGCCAAAACUUUGGCGAAUCCUUCUUCCAGGCUAGCGGUCAAUUCCCGUAUCCCGUCAAAAAAAUUUUGUUUUUUCCCCGAAUUCUGCACAGUAUUUUGGUCAAAUCCAGUAUCCCGAAAAGACUCUUCCAGACGAAAAAAUGGGUCGCUCAGUCACAAAACCAUGCAGCCUGGUAUAAAAAAAUCUCUUCUGUAAAGAAAUGAUGAUUAAAAAAAUAAAGAUUCUUGCCAGUUUUCUUUUUUUGUUUCCUAAAAAUAAGGGGGUUUGUCUCCGAUAAGAAAAGAAAUAUUUCAGUAAUGAACACUGCCAAAUGAAACCGAAGUGUAAAUCUGCUGAGAAAAAAUAUCAACAUCAUAUCAUGUAAGGGAAUCCGGACUCCGGGCUCCUGGAAAUUUUAAUCUGGAAUCCUGGGUUUUGUAUAUUUCUAUAGCAUGAUUUGUAGCAAUAUUUGGCAUAAACACCACUAGUGAUAUUUCGAAAUUGUUAUACGUAAUUUCAAGAGCCGUUGGGCGAGUGAAAUUUGAAAAACUUUUCACGAGUGGUUAGGCGAGUGAAAUUUGAGACAAUUUUGAAAUAUCACAAGUGGCAUUUAUGCCAAAUAUCACGUACAAAUCAUGCCAUUAUUUGUUUAUACUACUACCCGCAAAGGUUUUGUAAUUUUCACAUGUAAGUUUUUCAAAUUAGGCUGAAAUACCACUGCUCUAAGCCAAUCAAAUUGCAGAAAUUUCUCAUAUAGUAGUAUAAGAAAUCCGGAAUACAGUUCUAGGAAUCGGAAAUCCCACCAACCGAAAGCUGGAAUCCGGAAUCCAAGUUCCACUGGCAAAAAAUCAGGAAUCCGGUACCUGAGAAACGGAAUCCACGGCGUGGAAUCCAGAAUGCAAGACUGUCUUGGGUUCCUUUGCAUGAGGCAAAAAAUAUCAGAAGAGAACUAGAGACACAACUUUUGGGAGUGACUUUGUAGAGGCUGGCAAACAGUGAAAAAGGCCAACAGAGCAACUAAAUGAAAAGUGACCGUUUCUUUUUCAGGACUAAUUCUGAUCAUUGGGGUUAUCGGUAAUGGGGUUGUGGCAGCAGUUAUCACUGCUUUACGUCGGCGAGGCCACAAAAACUCUGUUCAGCUGUUUCUUCUCCACUUAGCAAUCUCGGAUCUAAUGGUGUGCCUGCUGUGUAUUCCGCUGACCAUUUUCACCAAUUUUUUCUACCCUCAAGAAUAUCUCAAGGACCGUGAGGGCCUCUGCAAGCUGUCGAGGUUUAUGCAGGUAAGGAAGGAAGGAGGUUUUACAGUAACCUUAUGUUACCAAGUCACUUGAUAAUCAGAAUUCGAAGUUGUUGUUUUUGUUUUCAAAUUUUCAAGUGAUGAACUAGAGAGGGCAAGGGGUCGGGGUGGGGGAAGACGCGGACAGUAAGGGAGACCUAGACUACAAGUAGUCUCCCAUUUUUCCUCAGGGAUAGUAAAGCGAGCGAAACGCGAGCGCGCGUGAAAAUCACCCCACGCGAGCAAAGGCGACACGCGGCGGGGAGAGACAAAAAUGAGAGACUACAGACAAAGCCCAAGUAUCUGGUUUUAUUGGAUGCCGCUUGAUUGAUUUUGUUCUUAAGCCAGCUCUACUAAAUAAGCAGUAACGCUCUAAAUGAUACUAUUUAAUAGAGUAAGUUUUUGAGACGAAACUAAAAAUAGGUUUAUAAAAAGAGUUAUUAAUGACGGUUGUUUUUUACAUUCUUUGCAGCAUCUGGGCCCAGUCAUCUCUGUGAGUCUUCUCACAGCAAUAAGUAUCGAUCGGUACCUAACAUUUGUAAAGCAAGAGCUAUCUUGCAGUCAAAGAUCGUGGUACUUGAGACCAUCCUGGUUGAUUCUUUUUGCCUGGGUUUACGGAACAGCUCAAACUCUCCCUGUUUUUCACUCAGCCGAUGUCGUUCCAAUUGAUUUUAAAAACAGCACUAUCUACUACUGCACUACUACCCAAGGUCAUUCACUGUCGAGAAGGAUAUACCUGGCCACCUCAGUAUUACUUGGAUUUAUUAUCCCCUUGGCAACGAUGUCCGUCUCAUAUUAUCGUGUGAUAAGAGUAGUAUGGACCAGAAAUCGUAGACUAUCGACCGCCGGGUCUCCUACAUCGAAUGCAACAAUUACGAACGAAAAUCUCUUGCUGCGCUCGAGGAAGAGAGUUCUUCGCGUUUUGUUAAUUGUCGUGGUUUGUUUUGUAAUUUGCUGGCUCCCGUUUGCCGUUUACCACGGAAUCUUAGAGCAACACCUCAAGAAAUCACCAAAUCCUAUGGACACAGUACGACUCAUUGCAUACGGAUUGGGGCUUGCAAACUCGAUCUGCAACCCUUUCAUCUAUUAUUUUAACGUUGGCGGGAAGUCAUUUUGCUCCAUGAAAAGAAGCUUCCUCGAGGUAAUGGGAGGUAAAAUAUCACCACCACGGGGUGUGGAAACGAACGCUCCCAUUUCAAGGUCGGCGCAUGCGAACCCAGGACCUGCGCUGCAAUUAGGAUUUCAUUCAACUAGCAACGCGCAGAAUUAUGAUCAUCAUAAACAGACAUAUACAGCUUAUAAUAAUUCAAACGGACGCAAGUUUUCUGAGAAUGCUCUUGGUUUACAAAGAGACACUUUGGAGGAUACUAAGUUGUGAUUGGUAAUGCUGCGCGGUCGUAGGAUCAGACUGUAUUCGCCACCAUUCCGAGUAAACUUUCGCAAAGACUGUAGGAGAGUCAGGGAAAAAAAAUUGGCCAAUAGCUGACCGGCGGGUCCCCAGUGCGAUCCCAGAAACAAUUGCGGCACGUAUUUCGGUCCCAGUUCUUAACUCGUCUCUAAAGCGGCGUAUGAGGGACAAAAAAGAAAAUCAUUUUACUAGGGGCGGAUGUCACUUAUGAUUUGGCUUUACUUUCUGGUCGAACUUCGGCUACUCUCAGAAAAUGUUUGAUAACUGUAGCUUAACCCUUUGAAAUGAAAUUAUGAACUUCGCAGUUGUUAUAGUAAUUUAAGCAAUUGCAAAUUAACCCGAAAAAACUUUUCAGGGCUUCAGCGGGAUUCGGGAUUUCAGUGGUUAAACUCAUUAAAUACCCUUGGUAUCUGAGGAUUUGAUUCUCGCGUGCAGCCUGAUGCUUCAGUUCAGGGUUCAAUGUCCUAUUUUCACUUCCAAGAAGAGGUUCGGGUGUAUGAAUUAGGCGACGACUUUCGCAGUACGUUAUAUUAUAAUGUUCAUACUACGAGUCAAACAAUUUUUUAUCAUAUGAUUUAUUAAUGAAAAGGUCACGAAAUACACAUUAAAUUAUUCUGUACACAUCAUUCACAUUAUACGAUCUUUCUCUCUUUUAGUCCUUUCAUCACAGUACCAAUACGCACCUGCUGAUCUUACCUGCAUACAGAAUCCCAAACCUUCGAAACACUGUGUAUUCUUACUGUACAACGGUACAAUGGUAAAGCUUGUCGGAACAAACCAGCUCGACCUUUUAACCAGUUCGGGAGUAUGCCAGUUUUGGAAGAAGCGAAAACGUCUACGUCAACUGUCUUAGAAUAACAAUACCUAAUUUCCCGCUUUUCAAAAACAGCAGCAAUGAAUUGCUUCAACUCGAGCUUCACCCUUCAAUCGAUACCCACGUAAGUGAUGCAUAAGAAAGAAUGUGAAAGAAACUGAACUUAAUCUUCAAUCUGAAGUCUUGAUUUCACAUUUCAAAAGGCAUGCCACUAAGGUAAAAGUGAACAAAAGGACUGGCAUUAUGAAAAAAGGGACUGAAAAAAAAAAAAAAAAAAUUGGAGGAUAGGGCACAGGGGAUACGGGACCUUCUUAAAAUGUAGUCUGCAAGUUGUCUAGUCCACGUAAGGCGUUCUCCCAGUCUCUCUUGGUCAAUUCACCUCAGUAACGUAUCUGUUUGGCCGCGCGGAAUAAUGAGGCCUUGGAAAUUGGCAAGCCUGCGAGCAAGCUCUCCAAUAAUAGCGAGUGAAGCGCACUCGCGUCUCCUUCGCGUGCAGUCCUCGCGUAAAUUCUCGCGAUUCCCCCAAAAUGCAGAACUUGUUCGCAGGCUAAUCCCAAAUGUUGCCUGUGGCAAAAACAGGUUGGUCACCAAUAUUGAAGGCCAAAUUACUAAUAUUCUCUAAAAGUUAAAAUUACAAGCAAACGUAAUAAACUCCAUUAUACGAUAUACUUAAUAUUUACGUACGUCUCUAAACGAGACUGCAAAACAGUUGUCUUUUUUCUGUCUUAAACUUGCUUCUCUAAAGGCGUGAGACACCAAAACUGCGGAUCAUGCGCUCUUCACUUCUCUUUUAUACACUUCUUCCUGAUACUUGAUUCUGUGGCCCUUAUUGCUAGUGGACCUUGUGACAAAACUUUUGCUUAUGGAAAAGACGACAGCAGUUGGAUUUGCAAAGACUUCAAAUGCUCCAGUGCAGGCACAAGCAAGUGUUUACUACUUCCUACAACUUUGACUUUAAAAGCAAAAGAAGCAUAUGGAGACUAG